CCUAGGAAAAUUAAAACCUCUAAAACCCCGACAGUUCGGAGUCUCAGAGCUCAAUAGGUUUCUAUGAGUUUGCAUUGAGAAUUUGAUAGAAACUUCUGAACUGACAACCCUAGAUUUUGGUUGGCUUCCAAUGGCGUCUCUUCUUCACCGUCUCGGCAAAGGCCGAACUUGUUAUACGCAGUUCUCCAGAAUAGGUAGGAGCUUAGCUUCUGAAGCAACAGCAAUGUAUGGAAAACCCCUCCAGCUUCCUCUCCAAGCUAGAUGGAUGUCGACUCCUGCUGGAACUGUUACCGGAUUUGAUGAGAUGAUAAAAGGAACACAGAGGAAGUUCUAUCUAUUAGGCGGGAAGGGAGGUGUUGGGAAAACAAGCUGUGCUGCCUCCCUUGCAGUAAAGUUUGCUAACCAUGGCCACCCCACCAUAGUUGUCUCCACCGACCCUGCUCACUCUUUGAGUGAUUCUUUUGCUCAGGAUCUAACUGGAGGGACUCUUGUUCCUGUUCAAGGAGUGGAUUCUCCUUUGUUUGCUCUCGAGUUAAACCCCGAGAAAGCAAAGGAAGAGUUUCGAAAAUCUCAAAAGGCGGGUAAUGAUGGGGUGAAAGACCUUAUGGAUGGUAUGGGCCUUGGCAUGCUUUCCGACCAGUUUGGGGAUCUGAAACUUGGGGAGUUGCUAGACACUCCUCCCCCUGGGUUGGAUGAAGCUAUAGCAGUUUCCAAGGCAUGCCAAUCUCUUAUAUACAUUUUCUUCUCUUUUUCUUUCCAGGUUUUGCAAAUCACAGAAUCUGAAGAAUAUAGUAAAUUCACUCGCAUAGUCUUUGACACUGCGCCAACGGGCCAUACACUCCGGCUUCUAUCUCUACCAGACUUCAUGGAUGCAUCUAUAGGCAAAAUGCUGAAGCUGAAGGAAAAGUUGUCUUCAGCAACUUCUGCACUCAAGUCUAUGUUUGGCAAAAAUGAUGGACAGAAGCAACAACUCACUUCAAACAAGCUGGAGAAAUUGAGAGAGAAAAUGUACAAAGUUAGAGACCUUUUCCGUGACUCGGAUUCCACGGAGUUCAUCAUCGUCACAAUUCCAACUGUUAUGGCAGUGAGCGAAUCAUCGAGGCUGCAUGCAUCCUUGCUGAAGGAGAGCAUUCCUGUUCAUAGGCUUGUUGUUAAUCAGUUGUUGCCUCCAUUAGCCACAGAUUGCAAGUUCUGUGCAAUGAGAAGGAAGGAUCAGGCACGUGCGUUGGAUAUGAUACAGAAAGAUCCUGGUCUCGACAAGUUGAGAUUAGUGGAGGCACCCUUGUUCGACGCAGAGAUCAGAGGCGUUCCCGCUCUAAAGUUCAUGGGAGACACGGUUUGGAAAUAAUCGCCAACAAGUUGAGGGGAACUGAGAAAGAGUCAAGUCAAUAGCGUUGUUUAUAGUCUUGCAGCAUAGAGGAACAUUUUGCUUCCUUUUUUUUCUCUUCAAUACAGUAAACUAAGAAUGUGUUGGUGUCUUGCUUUCGUUUAAUUCAUAUCAAUUCAUGCUUUCAUUUCUUCACCG